AUGUCUCUAAGACCGAGCGCGAAGGAGGUUCGAAAGAACAGCUACAAGAUGGCGGUUGAUGCGGAGGGAGCACGGCGGAGGAGAGAAGACUCCAUGGUUAAGAUUCGAAAGAACAAGAGACAAGAAAGCCUUAGUAUGAAACGCCGCGAAGUACUUCUUGCUCAAAAACAACCGCCGCGCCAGCAGUUGCUUUCUUCCACUGUCGAUCCCGAGAAAACGUUAGAAAGUCUUCCGGCUAUGGUUGCUGGCGUUUGGUCAGAUGACAAGAACGCCCAGCUUGAGGCAACCAGUCAAUUCCGAAAUCUGCUAUCAAUAGAGAGCAAUCCUCCAAUCGACGAAGUUGUACAAUCGGGUGUUGUUCCUCGCUUUGUUGAGUUUCUUGCUAGGGAUGAUUUCCUGCAGCUUCAGUUUGAGGCAGCUUGGGUUCUUACGAAUAUCGCCUCGGAGACAUCCGAAAAUACCAGAAUUGUAAUUGAUCAUGGAGCUGUCCCUAUAUUUGUUAAACUUCUUGGAUCCCCAAGCAAUGAUUUACGCGAACAGGCUGUUUGGGCGUUAGGAAAUAUCGCCGGAGACUCACCUCAAUGUCGUGAUGUGGUCAUUGGCCAUGGUGCCUUGAUGCCACUGUUGGCUCAAUUCAAUGAGCAUACAGACCUCCCUGCGUUGCGAACUUCUACAUGGGCUUUGUUAAACUUUUGCAAGGGCAAACCACUGCCGUCAUUUGAGCAGACGAAGCUAGCUUUGCCAACCCUUGAGCGUCUUAUCCAUUUAAGUGAUGAGGAAGUCCUUUCAAAUGCAUGUCGUGCCCUUUCAUGUCUCUCGGAUGGUAUUAACGACAAAAUCCAAGCUGUUAUUGAAGCUGGUGUCUGCCCCCGGCUUGUUGAGCUUUUGCUUCAUCCAUCCCCAGCAGUCCUCAUACCCGCUCUACGCACUAUUGGAAAUAUUGCUACUGGGGAUGAUAUGCAGACUCAGUGUAUUAUAAACCACAAAGCUCUUCCAUGCCUUUUUAACCUGCUGACAAAUAACUACGGAAAGAUUAUUAAGAGGGAAGCUUGUUGGACCAUUUCAAACAUCACUGCUGGAAAUGUGAAUCAGAUACAGGCUGUAAUUGAUGCUGGCCUUAUUGCUCCUCUAGUCCAUCUACUUGAAAACACUGAGUUUGAGAUCAGGAAAGAAGCUGGUUGGGCAAUUUCUAAUGCUACAUGUAGUUCUAAUCUUGAACAAAUAAAGUUCCUGUUAGAUGAAGGUUGCGUUAUGUUGUGUGAUCUUCUUCUAUGUCCCGACCCAAGAACUGUUUUUAUUUGUUUAGAAGCUCUUGAAAACAUUCUGAAGGUUGGUGAAGCUAGGAAAAACAUGGGUGACUCGAUAGAAGUUAAUCUAUAUGUCCAAUUAAUUGAUGAAGCUGGGGGGUUGGAAAAGAUUGAAAUCCUCCAGAAUCAUAAAAACAAUGAAAUCUAUGAGAAGGCAGUGGAGCUUCUUGAAACAUAUUGGGCGGAAGAUGAUGAUGAUGAGCCAUUACCCCCUGGUGAUGCUUCGCAAUCUGGUUUCCAGUUUGGAGGCAAUCAACUUCCUGGUCCAUCCAACGGAUUCAAUUUCGGUCGAAGAACGGCUGCGAAAUUCGAUGAAUGUGCUGCUAAGCUAAAGGGGGACUUACCUGAUGCUUCCAUUUUAACUCCUGGACUAACAAUGCUUAGAGAAUUGGAGAGAUUGGCUCUAACUGCUCCUGAUGAACUAAAUGAGUUUCGUCAUAAGCUUCUGGGGUAUCGUUCGGGCGAUUUUUGGGCACCAGUUGGAGGCAUCUAG